UAAAAACAGACCCAUCUCAAAUGUUUAGUUCAUUCUGGACACAGAAGAGGCACGUAUCGUCUUGGAGGUACUGCUGAGCAGAGGGGACAAUGGAAAUUGCAGGGGCCGCAUUUUGGGCAGCACUUAUGGUGACGUUUGUGACAUCUAAACCGGUUUGCCUACAUGUGGAAGACGAUUCCUCAAAAUCAUCAGAGUCCAGCGAGUCGAUGUCCUCAUCGGAGGAGACCGAAGUCCAGUUCGGACCCUCGCAACCGGCGCUAACAGACACAGGCCUGCAGACGGAGCUCCUGGACUCCAAUCCUUCUUCAUCCACAACCGACUCGGCAGCACCGCCGGUGCCUGAGGAUCCACAGACCUCCACAGACAUAGACCCUCUACAACCCCUCCCACAGGGUCCCUGUCAGACUCCUCUCCACGUGGACAGCUCUCUCGGCGCAGCACGCGACUCUCCGGAUGCUGGCGUGGCAACAAUCACGACGAAACCAAAAGGCACCGGCGCAUACGAGGACCUCCAGCGGGAAGCCACCCCACCCGCUCCUGUACAGGUCCUCACACCCACACCUCCCACACCUCUGUCGGUUUCCACGGACUCUCCCUCCACCAUCCCUGAAGACACCCCUGCUACCAGUUUGGAUUGUUUCACCGUGCAGCUUCUAACAGCCGAGCCGCCGCCACCUCGAGGAGACAGCAUGUGAGGAAUUAGGCCAUAUGGACUUGAAGUUUUAUCACAAUAUUUUAGCGGUACUACUGUGAUAACAAUAAAGGUGACAUUAAGAAUUA